AUGUAUCCAGGACAGCAAUACUCACAGCAAAAUCAACAACAGCAAUCACAAAACCAACAAUAUCCAGGAGGAUUUGUUUUACCAUCAAAUCAACAACAACAAUAUUAUCCACCUCACGGCGGUUAUCCACCAACUUCAGAGCCUCCAGGACAAUUGCCCCCAGGCGGCUAUGCACCACCUUCAGGACCACCGCCUAGUGGUUAUACAUUACCACCAGGACCGCCGCCUGGUGGUUAUGCACCACCUUCAAGUACUUCCGAUAGCUAUGCACCACCUCCAAGUCAACCGACUGGUAACUAUGUAUCACCUCCAGGACCACCUUUAGGACCACCUCAAGUGCCACCUUCUGGUGUCUAUCCACCGCCACCAGGACCACUAACUGGUGGUUAUGCUCCACCUCCACAAAAUCAACAAUUUCAAAAUCAACAAUUUCAAAAUCAACAAUUUCAAAAUCAACAAUUUCAAAAUCAACAAUUUCAAAAUCAACAAUUUCAAGGUGGCUACAUGGUUCCUCCACAAAGCGUAAGAUACAAUAAUGGAGGACAUAAAAAAGCAUUACUUAUUGGAAUCAAUUAUUUUAAGCAACAAGGCGAAUUGAGAGGUUGCAUAAAUGAUGUAGCUAAUGUGAAAAGAUUUUUAAUCGAAUCAUAUGGAUUUCAAGAAUCUGAUAUGGUGAUUUUAACUGAUGAUCAGCAAGACCAAACAAAGAUUCCAUAUAAAGCUAAUAUCCUAGAAGCAAUGAAAUGGCUUGUACGAGAUGCUCGACCAGGAGAUAUUGGUCACGGAGGUCAAGUAAAAGAUGUUGAUGGAGAUGAAGAGGAUGGAUUUGAUGAGACUAUCGUACCAGUCGAUUAUUCACAAAAUGGACAAAUAAUUGAUGAUGAAAUGCAUGAAAUUAUGGUAAAGCCACUUCAAGAGGGUGUAAGAUUAUUUGGAAUUUUUGAUUCAUGUCAUUCUGGAUCAGCCCUCGAUUUACCAUAUACAUAUUCCUCUCGUGGAUUGAUUAAAGCACCCAAGUCUAUUACUGAGGACAAAGGUCAACUUAUGAAAAUGGGUAUGUCACUUUUGAAGGGUAAUAAAAAACAAUUAUUAUCAUUUGCAAAGAACAAUGCAUCAUCACUUAUGAGAACUGGAAAAAAUUACAUGAACAAGUCGAGUAAGGCAGAUGUGAUCACACUAAGCGGGUGCAAAGAUGAACAGACGUCAGCAGAUGCUUAUGAGGAAGGAAGGAAUACCGGAGCCAUGUCUUAUGCUUUUAUCAAAGCUAUGGGAGAAACUAGAGAUAUCACGUAUCAGCAACUUUUGAAUAAUGUCAGGGAUAUUCUUGUGUCUAAACAAUAUACGCAAAAACCUCAGAUUAGCUC